AUGGAAGUUCUCACAAAUGGGAGGUACAAGAGUACGGAACAUAGAGCAGUGACCCACAAGGAAAAAGACAGACUCGCAAUUGUCACAUUCUAUGCUCCAAGCUAUGAAAUAGAGCUUGGCCCAAUGCCAGAAAUGGUAGAUGAGCACUACCCUUGCAAGUAUAGAAGAUACAACCAUGGAGAAUAUGGCAAACACUAUGUGAACAACAAGCUGCAAGGCAAGAAAACACUGGAAUUUGCCAAGAUUCAAACCAAUAACUCAUCCUAG